UUGUGCCUCUGAAAGGCAUCCGGAGCUGCUCCAACUGGCUUUGCCUCUGGACUUGCUGUGAAAGACCUCCCUGCGAACGCUGAGUGUUCAUCCUCGGCACUUGGACACCUACAGCCUCCAGGGCCGGAUCCCCACAGCCUUCCAGGUCCUAGACCCCAGCAGACGCUAAGCUAUGGCUUCCAUGGGGCUGCAGGUGAUGGGUAUCGCUCUGGCCGUGCUGGGCUGGCUGGGCGCCAUACUGAGCUGCGCGCUGCCCAUGUGGCGCGUGACGGCCUUCAUCGGCAGCAACAUCGUCACGUCCCAGACCAUCUGGGAGGGCCUGUGGAUGAACUGCGUGGUGCAGAGCACGGGCCAGAUGCAGUGCAAGGUGUACGACUCGCUGCUGGCGCUGCCGCAGGACCUGCAGGCGGCCCGCGCCCUCAUCGUCAUCUGCAUCAUCUUGGCCGUGCUCGGCGUGCUGAUCUCGGUGGUGGGCGGCAAGUGCACCAACUGCGUGGAGGAUGAGAGCGCCAAGGCCAAGACCAUGAUUGUGGCUGGUGUGGUGUUCCUGCUGGCCGGCUUGCUGGUGUUGGUGCCCGUGUCCUGGACGGCCCACAGUGUCAUCCGUGACUUCUAUAACCCACUGGUGGCCUCGGGCCAGAAGCGGGAGAUGGGUGCCUCGCUCUACAUUGGCUGGGCCGCCUCUGGCCUGCUGAUGCUCGGUGGGGCCUUGCUUUGCUGCAACUGCCCGCCCCGUACCGACAAGCCCUACUCCGCCAAGUACUCUGCGGCCCGCUCCGCCCAAGCCAGCAACUACGUGUAAGGCGCUACCGUUGACUCUUUUCCUUUCGGCUUUGUUUCUCCCUGGACUGAGCUUACUGUGACCCCAGGAUGGCCCUGCCAAGCAGGGACUGAGCCAGGCCGCUGGCCAGGAGCCCUCAGCCCCUUCUGGCCCUCUCGGACAUUUUCUCAAAGUCACCUCCAACACUAGCAAGGAUGGAUGGAAAGAGACUCCUGUACCACCCGCCUCGGAAUGG